AUGGCUUCUCCACCUAAGCCCUGGGAGCAACCUGGCGCGGCUGCGACUGCUGCUGUCCCUUCCAUCUCUCCCUCCGUCGCAUCAACCGUCGAUUUAGCCGACGCUCCUCCAAUUCCUAAUCGUCCUGCUUCUCUCACCUCUACCGUUAAUCAGAACGCUGCCAACUACAGCCGAAUGAAUUCCUCACCAUACGGUUCCAUGGGCGGCGCAUACUCGUCGCCCUAUUCCAGCCCCUACUCGCGAUUUGGAAUGGGUGGCAUGGGCGGCGGGUAUGGUAGCAUGUACGGAGGAGGAUAUGGCGGUUAUGGAGGGGGCAUGUACGGCGGCAUGGGUGGUGGCAUGUAUGGUGGUGGCAUGGGAAUGCCUGGCGACCAAAACAGCUUGACAAACUCGUUCAACAACAGUACACAAGCUACUUUCCAGAUGCUUGAGGGCAUUGUCACGGCCUUUGGUGGGUUUGCGCAGAUGCUCGAAAGCACUUACAUGGCCACUCACUCUAGCUUCUUUGCAAUGGUCUCUGUUGCUGAACAAUUCGGUAACUUGAGAGAUACCUUGGGUUCAGUAUUGGGCAUUUUCACUUUGAUGCGAUGGAUCCGAACUUUGAUUGCCAAGAUCACUGGUCGCCCGCCGCCAGCCGAUGCGACUGCUCUCACACCGGCAGCCUUUGCUCGCUUUGAAGGCCGCAGUAUUGGUCCCGAUGGCAACCCUCUUCCUGCCAAGGCCAGCAAGAAGCCUCUCAUUUUCUUUGUUCUGGCCGCCUUCGGCAUUCCUUAUCUCAUGUCCAAGAUGAUUAGAUCACUCGCUGCUUCACAAGAACAGGAGCAGAGGCGUCUCCAAGCACAGGCCAUUGAAUCACAGCAGCCCGUCGACCCGUCCAAGCUCGAGUUCUGCCGACUUACCUUCGACUUCCUCCCUCAGCCCAACACCGGCAUGGAGCUUGAGGCUCGCAAGGGCGACCUUGUCGCUGUUCUCAACAAGAAUGACCCAUCCGGCAACCCCAGCGAGUGGUGGCAAUGCAGAGCUCGUGAUGGCCGCCAAGGUUACCUGCCCUCUACCUAUCUUGAGGUCAUCAAGCGCCCUGCGCAAGAGCCCAAGAAACUCAAGGCCGCCCCUAGCGAGAGUAGCCGCACAAACUCAUUGACAAGUUCAACCAUGCGUCCCGAAGAUGGUAAGGAGUAUGCUUCAGCCAACGGCAUGCAGAGGAGCCACUUCUACUCAUAA